AUGUGGCCGACUCGCUCUCUUUCUUCUUUGUUCUUUCUUUCCCUGGCCCUGGGCUCACCUGUCAGCCAAACUGAAAAAAGAUAUGCUAUCCUGGAUAACGACUGGGGGGCAGUCAGCUUUCUUCCAUUUUUGAUCGCUCUCAAGAACGACGUCCAGGUUCUGGGGUUAGUCUCUGACACGGCCAAUUCGUGGCAGCGUCAAUGCGCAUAUCAUGCGCUAGCCAACCUAGAGGUCGGGAACCUCAGCUGCAUACCAGUCUAUGCGGGCGCCACCUAUCCCUUAAUCAAUACACCAGAGCGUUUCCAGGCAUGGGAAAGCGUGCAUGGCAAACUCCCCUGGGAGGGCGCUUUCGCUCUAGAGAAUGCAACAGCAGAAGCACUCGGUAAUGACCCAACAUCAGGGGAUCCAAAUCGGAUCGUCAAGCCCGCAUUUAUUGAGGGAUUUCCAACUACUAAGAUUAACCACUCCACAUCUGCUGCAAACUUCAUGGUUGAAAUGGUCCACAAAUAUCCGCAUCAAGUCUCCAUCUACUCCGCCGGAGCAUUGACCAACGUCGCCUUAGCAGUGCGAAUGGAUUCCGAUUUCGCUUCCCUGGCUAAGGAACUGGUCAUCAUGGGAGGAUACGUGGAUGUGAACAUGUAUCAGGUCACAGGUGAUUAUUUGCAGGCGGACAUCAACUCCGAUAUCAACCUGAUGGUCGACCCGGAAGCUGCGAAGAUUGCUCUCAAUGCAGAGUUCCCCGAGAUCGUUAUUGCCGGAAACGUGGCCAAUCAGGUGCAGUCGACACAAGAGUACCUCGAUGAGGUCUACACGGUCAAGAAUGAGUAUACCAAGCUCUUCCAUGAUCACUAUGGCACUGAAUUUCCUUUCUGGGACGAGACUGCGGCCGCCCUCAUGGUUGACCGGUCUCUUGCUACUAACACCACUACUGCCUAUAUCGAUGUCGAUAUCUCUUAUGGAAGUCCUAAUUACGGAAACAUCCAUGUCUACCAGGCCAUGUUAAAGCCACCGGGUGUGCGCAACAUCACCUAUGUCAACCGUAUCGAUGGCAAGCCCGAAUGGAUAAGCAUUCAUUUUCUACAUCAACGCCAAUAUCACUCUCUUAACUCUAGUACUUACACGGUGAACAAACCGAGCCCUACGUUCUUAAACAAAUAUAUCUGCUUUGCUCGAAUAUCUUCGUGCUUUGGAUUUACACUAGGACAAGAACUCUCAUAG